GGGCGGCAGGUCCCCCCGCCAUCACCGGGGCCUGGGGGAGGGGGGGCGACACCCCGACACCCUAAACCCCCGCCCCGUGGCCGCCUCCACAUCCGGGUCCUUCCUCCCCGGUCUUUGAGGUCCAGGUGUCCCGUCUCCAGCAUGGCUGUCCAGGACGCGCGCCCCAACCACACCAUCUACAUCAACAACCUCAACGAGAAGAUCAAGAAGGACGAGCUGAAGAAGUCCCUCUACGCCAUCUUCUCCCAGUUCGGCCAGAUCCUGGACAUCCUGGUGUCCCGGAGCCUGAAGAUGCGGGGCCAGGCCUUCGUCAUCUUCAAGGAGAUCAGCAGUGCCACCAACGCCCUGCGCUCCAUGCAGGGCUUCCCCUUCUACGACAAGCCCAUGCGGAUUCAGUACGCCAAGACGGACUCAGACAUCAUCGCCAAGAUGAAGGGCACCUUCGUGGAGCGCGACCGCAAGCGGGAGAAGAGGAAGCCCAAAGGCCAAGAAACUCCCGCCGCCAAGAAAGCGAUCGCCGGGGCCGCCGCGCCGGUCGCCUCCGCCGUGCAGGGCGCCGUUCCCGGAAUGCCGCCGCUGAACCAGGCUCCCCGCAUGAUGCACCACAUGCCAGGCCAGCCGCCCUACAUGCCGCCGCCCGGCAUGAUCCCGCCGCCCGGCAUGGCUCCCGGCGGGAUCCCUCCCGGGGCCAUGCCCCCCCAGCAGCUCUCGGAGAACCCGCCCAACCACAUCCUCUUCCUCACCAACCUGCCCGAGGAGACCAACGAGCUGAUGCUCUCGAUGCUGUUCAACCAGUUCCCCGGGUUCAAGGAGGUGCGCCUGGUGCCGGGCCGGCACGACAUCGCCUUCGUGGAGUUCGAUAACGAGGUGCAGGCGGGAGCCGCCCGCGACGCGCUCCAGGGCUUCAAGAUUACCCAGAACAACGCCAUGAAGAUCUCCUUCGCCAAGAAGUGAUCCGGCGGGCGCCGAGCUCCCGGGACUGCUCCCCCCGCCCUGCCUCUCCGCCCCCCGCCAGCCCCUCUCCGGGGCUCGCUCACUUGUUCCCUCCCCCCCCCCCCCCCCCCGAAGGUAAGUCUGUCCCCGAGGCUGGCCGAGUCCUUGUCCCCAGCCCCUCUCCGUCCCCUGCGGCACCCGGGGUCGAACGGAGCCGGAGCUCCGCCCGCCGCAUCCGCCGCGCUGCCAGGCGGGUAAGUGGCCCCCCCGGCUCGGCCGCGGGCGACGGCUGGCACCGGGGGGAGGAGGGCGGCGGCGGCCGACCCCGUCCGCGAAGCAUUGUACCCAGAGUCUGUUGCUCAGACAUUGCACCUGGAGCUUUCUGUUCUGGAAUAAAACCCUCGUUCGUCUCUUUUU